GCUGCCGCCGUGCAAGUAGGAGUGCGCGAGUGCGAGAAGCUGCGCGCUGUCGUGAUUUCGCCUGGAAGUGCAUGGAAUGUAGAUUCUGAAUUAGUGCGUACUGAAAAGGAUCCGAGCGCUGAGAGUUGUGUUGGCGCAUCAUACCCGCUGUCGACUCGCUUGCUUCACCGUUCGGCCGAACUUCGGAGAGCAUGUUUUCCUCGCGUGGGAAAACGAUGGCGCUUCUUCGUCACACCAAACCACUAGUUCGUGCGCUGCUUCGUGCUCAGCGCCACACAGCUGCAAGGCCACAGUCGGCUGUGAUUGUGGAAUCACGAAAGCUUGUCACCAGCUAUCAGUGCGAGCCAAGUGAGACGGCCUUGACUGGAGAAACGUUUGGACAGCACAUAGACACAGCUGCUGCCAAGUGGGGCGAUGACAUCGGCUGGGUUUUUCAAUCUGAAAAUCAGCAAAUAACCUUUGCAAAUUACAAAGCUGAUGUGGACACUGUUUGCAAAGGAUUGCUGGCUGCUGGUUUCACCAAAGGAGACACAAUUGCUAUCUGGGCUCCUAAUUCAUAUAACUGGGUAGUUCUUUAUGGGGCUAUGGCAAAGAUUGGAAUCCUGUCCGCUUGUGUUCAUCCUGCUUAUACUGCAACAGAGUUUGAGAAAGUACUGACAAAGGUUCGUUUUGCAGGCAUAUAUAUUCCAGAAUCAUUCAAGAUUCUCAAGUACUACGAGAUGCUUUGCUCCUUGAUACCUGAGCUAAAGGAGUCCAGUCCUGGCCAGCUGAACUCUAAGAAGUAUCCAUUCCUAAAAGGAAUAAUUGUGGAGAGUGACAAGGCAUUGCCAGGCUGCAUCAACUGGCGAGACAUUCUGCAAGGAGGAAAUGUCAACUUAGCUGAGGCAGAAAACAAAGUUGGGAUGGAUGAUCCAAUUACCAUUGUGUUCACUUCUGGCACCACUGGAACUCCAAAGGCAGCUAUGCUUUCCCAUCAUGGAUUUGUAAAUAAUUCAAUCAUGUACGAUCAUGGUUCACCUGACCCUGAGCGUUCAGUCCUGUGCUGUCCUUUGCCUUUCUUCCACGUUUUUGGCAUGACACUUUCCUUGGGUUUGACUGUUAUACGAGGAAACUGUGCCGUGGUUCCAUGUGCUGGUUAUGACACCAAGGAGGUUCUCAAAGCUAUCCAGAACUACAGGUGUUCACAAGUUGCUGGAGCACCAACUAUGAUUGCAGACAUGAUAAAUCAUCCGGAUUUCAAGAGCUGUGAUCUUUCCAGCCUGAACAGGGUUGUAAUGGGAGGCAAUGUGGUCACUCCUGAGAUGAGAAAGUUGGCAAGAGAAAAGUUUAAGGCUCAUGUUUGGGUUGGCUAUGGAUCUACAGAGACAACAACAGCAUCUACACUGGUGACUGAAAGGGAUCCUGAGAACAAGCAAGCUACAACUGUUGGGAGACCAGUAGGCUACGUAGAGGUAAAGGUUGCAGAUACUGCUACAGGCAAGGAAACUGCCAUCAAUGAGCCUGGAGAGGUGUGGGUUCGAGGCCAUAACGUUUUCAUUGGUUACUACAACGAUGAAGAGAAAACUAAAGAAGUCAAAGGACCUGCCGGAUGGUAUAAAACAGGGGAUUUGGGCAAGAUGGAUGAAAAUGGUUACCUGAGCAUUAUUGGACGUCUGAAGGACAUGGUCAUCAGAGGAGGAGAGAACAUUUAUCCGCUUGAGAUUGAGGAAGUUCUCAAUACCCAUCCAGCUAUUCAAGAGUGCCAUGUAAUUGGAGUGCCAGACUCACGAAUGGGUGAAGAACUUUGUGCCUGGGUGUUGCUAAAUCCAGAAUCCAAGGUAACCGAUUCUGAGCUUCAGCAGUACUGCAAAGGCAAGCUUAGCCAUUUCAAGAUACCCAAGUAUUUCCUUUAUGAAACGGAUUAUCCUAAAACAGCCAUAGGAAAAGCGCAGAAAAAUAAAAUGAGAGAAACAGCAGUGAAGAAGCUGGGUUUGUGAGCAGGAAGAACCCAGUGACGGUGGACUUAACCAUAUUGAAGACCUUGUGUCUUCUGGUGCUUGUUGACCUGUUACACAAGCCUUUGGAUGAAAAAAGUCAUUUCUUGUCACAAGAAUGAUGUAAAUAUUGGUAGCAUGCAUUCGUCACUUUUUUAAGAGGUGAUCUAUCAAGCAAAGACAUGAUUGUGUAUAGUGAUAAACAAUAUUGGAACUUACUGUGCCUUGCUUGUUGUAAGAAUGAAAAUGCAGGAGUAUAAAGGAAAUAAAGUCAAGAAAUGUGGGUUUGGGGGGGGGGGAGUCUAGUUUGUAAGACAAUAUUUUAGGACUAAAACUAUUUUGAUGACAAGACACCAGGGUAGAAGAUAAGAUAAUCACAGACUAACAACAAGUUUAUUGAAUACAGAAUGUCUUGGCUCUUUAAACAUAUCCCAGAUUAGGCUCAUCUAUGGGCCAUCAGUUUCUUUUCAAAAAAAAAAAAAAGAGCUUGAUUAUCAACCAUAUGAUUUCCUUGUGUAUAUAGAAGCAUGAUUACGUAACAGCAAAACCAAGACACAAUGAACACAAACAAUAAAGAAUACAUGAAAACAGGUGCCGGCGCCUGUAUUUAUGUAUUUUUCAGUGUAUGUGUUCAUUGUCCCUUGGCUGUGCUGUUUCAUAAUCAUGAACCCCGUACAAGCUCGCCUAGCUAUCAGUAUACAGAAACCCUUGGCUGGCCGUGUGCUGAUGGUGAUGAGUAUUUCUUGUGUAAAUGUAUUGUUUGAAGAAUUAAGAUCUCAUGUAUUCAUUAAACUAGAUGUCAUUCUUCAAAUGUCCCUUCUUAUUCUACUGUGGUAUUGUGUCCACAGCACCAUUUCAGUCCUCAAGUAGAGGAUCCAAAUGUUGAGAAAUUGUUAAACAGGGAAUUUCGCUGGAGUCAAUAUUUCAAUAAGAAGACAGAAAAAUAAAAGUCCUCUCUUGUAUAAAUGUUGGUUGGAGAAACAUUCCCUGUUCAAUGAUUUCCAAAUGCUUGCUGAAAAGCCAUCCAAGGCCGGGGUGGCCUGUAGGUAAAAGGAUGCUGUGAUGUGAAUGCACUUGCUCACUCCUUUUACACUGUUAGAUGAGAAAGAUGGGGUCUCUUUCAAAAGGAGGCAAUUCUUGUAUUUGUUAUAUGGUGUAGGACCCCUCCACCAAAUGCUGAUGUGUGCUGCUAAUCAGGAACACCUGAGAAGCUCUCUGUGUUACUAAUGAGUGUGAAAAUCGAGUUACCCAAGUCAUACUGAAUAGAGUGACGUGGUUGUCAGGUCACAAGUGAUACAUGCAUUUAUUGCGCAUUUUGUUGUGCAAAAGAAGUCAUAAAGACUUGUUUAGCCUCUUUCACUGUAUGCAGAAAAUCUAACCUGUGGUGGUGCAGUUAAAACCUACUAGCCUAUUGCAUGUACCUGCAUUUUUUUUCUUAAAUGCAAGCUUGCUCUACUAAAACAUGGAACAUGCUAGUUUUUUAUGAUUUGUAUAUUGGUAUUUGUUAAUGUAUAUAAUUGGUCAGAACUUUAUUAAAUUAUGUCUUACCCAAAGAUGUCUGGCCAAACAGGAAAAAAGAAGAUACCGUGGUUUGCUUAUUGGUCUUUCAGCUAUGGCUUUCAUCUGUAGUUGCCCACACAUCUUUGUUUUACCAUAUGCCAACUUCAAUUUGCUAAUAAGCUACAUGCUGCAAUAUCUGUGGAGGAAUGCAAGAUUGUAUAGUUUGUAAUUGGCUAUAUUUCGUUCGUCUUACAACACAUUUUCACAUAGCAUUUGACAUUUAGUUGUUGCUAUACAAUAGACAGAGUUAAACGCAUAAUGUGAAAAUACUCUAAUAGUACAGUAUACAUAAUGCUAAGGUUUGUUUUUGCUUUGUUGGGAAUAAGCUACAUGGGAUAAACUGCAUAUGAUAGUAUACACUGUGUUCAAUUCACCCUAAUACUUCAUCUUGAAUUGUACCACGUGCCUUCUGCUUAAUUUCAUCCAAACCAUCUCAUUAUUAAUAAAUAUUAUUAUGUUAAAAUGUCAGCCAGUUAAUUGUACCCUAUUUUAAUGAACACAGUGCAACCUAAUUAUUAUAUGAACUUCUAAUGUACAUGUCUGAAUCUGAAUAAAGAUCACUCCAGAAUGUUUAGAGGCAGUAUUUUCUAAAA